AGGAGGUGGAGGUCUGCAGGAUCCAGCCGGCCGUGGUCGAGCAGGAGGUGCCGCUGACAGAGGUGCGCGAGAUGCCCGUCGAGGUGCCCACCGUGCAGGAGGUGGACCUCGUGAGGCAGGUCUCCUGCCCGAGGGUUGCGUACCGGAACAAGUUCGUGCCCAGGGUGGAGACCGUGGCCUCGCAGCGCAUCGUGCCCCGGGCGCGCCUGCUCACGCGCGAGCGCCCCAGCGAGGUGCCGCAGGUGCAGCAGGCGGAGGCCGUGCGCCAGGAACCCCGCUUCGAGGUCCGGGAGGUCUCCCGGGCGGUGCCGCGCUUCUCCGUGCAGUACCGCGAGCGGGUGGAGGAGGUCCGCCCGCUGGUGCUGCAGGAGCGCGCGCGCUCGCCGCCUCCCAGGGUGCCUCCCGUGCAGGUCAGGCACCACCGGCCCUCCGCUUCCACGUCGUCGGGCUCUACGGCGCUGACGACCGCGGCGCCGGCCUCCCUGGGGCUCGGGCUCGUGUCGCCGCUCUCGCGGACCGCGACCCCGCUCUCGAGGGCGUCGUCGUCGACGGGGACCUUCUUCCGCUUCAGCCCCUCGGUGCGCACCGUCUCCCCGACGGCGUCCUCCCCCGAGGUGUCGCGGCGGGCGUCCUCCGCCGCUGUGGCCAGGCAGGCGCCCGAGGCGCUCUCGCCGCCGCUGGCGGCGCCCAGGGGCGCCCUCGCGUCGUCUCCCGCGGCGGCCGCGCGCAGCCCGCACGCCGCGCUGGCCGGCCAGGCCCGGCCCAGCCGCCUGCUGAGCAGGCCGGCGCCGGCGGCCUGAGGGCGGCCUGGCGGCAGUCCUCCUCCUCCUCCGCCUCCUCCUCCUCCUUCUCCUCCUCCUCCUCCUCCUCCUCCUCCGACCGAUGGCGAGC